AUGUGGAAAGUUGCAGAAUCUCCAUUAUUUGGGUGUUGCAAGGAAACGCAAGAACAGCCGGAAAUUCCAAUUCUUCUACGCAGCUCAGCAAUGGAGGUGGCUACGGAGCAAAAAAAGACAAGUGUGCCGGUGUUGCCAUGGAUGAGAAAUCCAGUUGAUAAUAGCUUCUACGAAGAAUGUCCGCUUAAUUUCCUCCCUUUUCUGGACCCCAGGUUAGAGGCUGCAUUAUGUAACAUGGGUAUCACUUCACUCUUUCCCGUGCAAGUUGCAGUUUGGCAAGAGACAAUUGGACCUGGUUCUUUUGAACGUGAUAUUUGUAUAAAUUCACCUACAGGGAGUGGGAAAACUCUUGCUUAUGCUUUACCAAUUGUGCAGACAUUGUCAACUCGUGCAAUAAAAUAUCUCCGUGCUUUGGUGGUGUUGCCCACUCGUGACUUGGCUAUGCAGGUCAAGGAAGUCUUUGCUUCCCUAGCUCCUGCAGUAGGCUUGUCUGUGGGUUUGGCUGUUGGUCAGUCUUCGAUUGCAGAUGAAAUUUCAGAGCUCAUCAAGAAACCUACUCCAGAGGCUGGUAUCUGUUUUGACUCUGAAGAUUUCUCAUUCGGCUUAAGAAGUUCAGUGGACAUACUGGUAGCAACACCAGGAAGGCUGAUGGACCAUAUUUACAAUACAAAGGGUUUUACGCUUGAUCAUCUUUGUUAUCUUGUGGUUGACGAAACAGAUCGGUUACUUAGGGAGGCAUAUCAAUCGUGGCUGCCUACUGUCCUUCAAUUGGCUCACACUCAUAAUCAAACUCUGUAUCCGGAUGCAAGCAGCAUUUUAUCUCCUACUUUUGGGUCUCUGAAGACAAUUAGGAGAUUUGGUGUGGAACGGGGGUUUAAGGCUAAGCCUUACCCGAGGCUUAUGAAGAUGGUUCUAUCAGCAACAUUAACCCAGGAUCCAAGCAAGCUUGCGCAGCUUGAUCUUCACCAUCCUUUGUUCUUGACUACUGGACCAAGGCGUUACCAGCUCCCUGAACAACUAAAAUCCCUCAAAGUGAUAUGUGAACCAAAGCUUAAACCACUUUAUCUACUUGUCCUAUUGGAAACUUUGCAAGGGGAGAAGUGUAUUGUUUUCACAUCAUCUGUAGAAUCAACUCAUAGGCUAUGCACCUUACUGAAUUUCUUUGGUGAUCGGCAAAUCAAGUUCAAAGAAUACUCACGGCUUCAACGUCAGACCAUAAGAAGCAAGACAUUGAGGGCAUUCCGAUCUGGAGAAAUACAAGUGCUAGUUUCCUCUGAUGCGAUGACUCGUGGAAUGGAUGUUGAAGGGGUGAAAAAUGUAAUUAAUUAUGAUAUGCCCGCAUAUAUCAAAACAUACAUUCACCGGGCUGGUCGAACUGCGAGAGCUGGUCAAACUGGGUGUUGCUUCACAUUGUUGCUCAAAGACGAGGUUAAGCGAUUCAAAAAGCUUUUGCAGAAGGCUGAUAAUAACUCGUGUCCUGUUUAUUCUAUACCGUCUGAAUCAAUAGAGUCGCUUCGUUCUCUGUACACUACUGCUUUGGAGAAAUUGAAAGAGAGUAUUGAAUCAGAAAAGCAUAGAAAACGCAAGCUCACAAAAACUCGAACACCUGGUGCAAGUCUAGCAGGUAUGAUUGACGAACAGAUGAAAAAAAAAAAUGAAGCUUUGAGAGAGAAGAUCAAAGCGGAGGAGGACAUGUUGAUGAGAGAAAUGGAGCGGCAGCAAAUGGCAGUGGUAGACCGGAGAAUGGUGGAGUUAGCCAUGCUAGAGAGCUGA